CGAAAUAUAGCGAAGUCGAGUUGAAAGUGCGCGCCAUCGUCGAGACAAUUCUCAUCUCACAUGAACAAUUGCCGAUUCUGAACAACAACAAACGUUGAACCAUGGCAGAAAGUGGUCAAAGUCCAAGUGCCCCUUUGAUUCCAAGCGACUUUAUGACUCCAGUGAAAGAGGUCAAAGUACCAGAGCAUAUGAAGAAAUGGCUAGAAUCACAGGCAUAUGCAGACUACAUGUUCUUUGUGUCAGCGCUGAAUGAUGUGGCCAAAGGAACCAAACUUACUGAUGAAUGCACAAUGUCAACGGCAUGUGAGAAGGUGUUGGCACUCCUGGAGGAGUUGUUGUCUUGGAUCGCUGAGAUUCCCCCCAUAGACCAACCGCAGAGGUUUGGAAACAAGGCCUACAGAACGUGGCACCAGAAACUUCAAGAUAAUAGCACUGACCUGAUAUCGAAGAUCUUGCCAGAAAGCCUGAAAGGUGCAGUGAUUGAACUCAAACCAUACCUGACGGACGGCUUCGGCAAUCAAACCAGGAUAGACUAUGGAACGGGGCACGAGAUGGCCUUUGCUGCGUUUCUCUGCUGCCUCUGCAAACUCAAUGUUCUAGUUCCAAGCGACUCCUUAGCAUUGGUCAAUAAAGUCUUUGUCAGGUACGUAGAUUUAACCAGGAAGCUUCAGACCACAUACAACAUGGAGCCGGCUGGGAGCCAAGGGGUCUGGGGUCUAGAUGACUAUCAGUUUCUUCCAUUUAUAUGGGGUAGUUCACAACUCAUUGGUCACCCAAGGCUCACACCAAAGAGCAUUCCACAGAGCGAGACAGCAAGUGGCUUUGCCGAUCAGUACAUGUUCUUUGGAUGUGUAGACUUCAUCAAUAGGAUGAAGACGGGUCCCUUUGCGGAGCAUUCUAACGUAUUAUGGGGUAUCAGUGGAGUACCGCACUGGCAGAAAGUUAACCAAGGACUCAUAAAGAUGUACAAAGCUGAGGUUUUAUCUAAGUGUCCUGUAAUUCAGCAUUUUCCAUUUGGAAGCAUCCUGUCCAUUUCACCUCCUAGCUGAGGUUGCCCAACAUAGCAAUGGUAGAUGUCUUAUAAACGAUUAACAGCAGCAAACCAAGAAUGUGUGGAGGAGCUUUCAUCAUUCAUGGAAGGUGCUGCUAAUGAGACUCAAGAGGUUGAACAUGGUGAACAUUCUAACAGACUUUCGCUGUCUAUGAUUUCCUCUCUUGCAAGUUACAUCUGAAUAAAAAUGCACAAAAAUCCUAUUUAUUUAGACCAUGCUAAAACCAACAAAUAGGCCAUUUUUGUACUGUGACCAAAUUUAUGCAUACAUACCCAUAUGCCUUUGUGAAGCAUCUAAGUUGAUGUGAAUUAUUUCACUCACCUGCAAUUUGCAAUCAGACUAUUGAAAUACAAUUAUUUGUAACAGAUGAAUUAACUAAUUUGCAUUGAAGCACUAAAGUAUAAAUUUGGUUACAUCACGAAAAUUGCCUAUUGUUGCUGGAUCAUAAUGGAUUGGUUAGACCUCAACAAUAAUGAUAAUGAUCAGCUAUAUGCAAAUAUGAUGAUAAUGAUAAUGAACUUUUAAAUCGUUGAGUUUUUUUUUAUCAGGCUAGUUGGACAUUGUUCACACGAAAUGGCUCACAGAUAUUAUCAUUGAGGUCCAUCACUUUGUGAGUGAUUUUAGGGAGACGGUAACAUCGUCGAACGAAGCUUAUCAGUAUAAAUUCUCACCUACAACGAUUUCCAAAGCAUUUAUGCUAGGCCGGGGGAGCAAUUUAGGUAUAGUUUAUUAUUAUCAUUAUUCUUUUAGUUGAGGUCUAACCAGCUAUUAAUUCCUCAUGUCUUAUCAACAAGGAAGAGGCUGUGUUUUUUAAUCAAGUCCAAAUCCAUCUAUAACGUUCAAGAGGCAGAUAUAUGUAAUACCUCAUUCACUUCUUGAUUGUGCAAAAUAAAGUCGCUUUGUGCUUGAAAACUGUUAUACUGGAUUAAAUUAUUUAGCCAUGAUAAUAUCAUCAAUGGAAUUCAAGGAACAAUCUUUUACCAAGGCCAUGUUUUAUGCAAACUUAUUUUCACUAGCAAAUUACAAUAACUGAUGCAAGCUACUGAAAUUAUUGAAUUUGGCUUUGUUUGAAAGACCAUCUUUUGAAUUAUGAAACAAGUUUUAUGAAAGUGAGCCAUCAGAUACCUAUACAACACAAGUAUCAAAGUGUAUCGAAGUCAUCCAGCUAAUGUCACAGUAAAAACAUAUAUAUUCUGUAUUAAUACAGGAUUUAAAAGUCACUUUUCUGGGUCAUUUUCAGUGAAAGAGGUUCUGUGUGCUAAACAGGAGCUCCAUCUUUAACAAAAACUGGAUUUAAAAAGAAUACUUUGUAGAAAGUAUAGAUCUAACAAAAGAAAUAUGCAACAUUUAUUGUGGAAUAGUCAUUACAGAAGUUAAGUUAAGACUUCAUAAUUUAUUAACUGUAUACGUGUACAUUGAAUAUACUAGUCAGUUGCAUUUGAUUUUGUUAAUGAAAUAUUUAAGUUAGACAGGGAGCUACAUCACAAGGGCCAAUGGCUGCACAAAUGUCUUGUAUUUUAUGAAACAUCAGUGAUACAUAUCAUAUCUGUGUUGCUGUUGUAUUCAUGUAUUCAUGGGCAAGCAAAAACAAACAUGUGUACUCACUCAGUUUAUCAAGCAAAGGUUCUCAAUUGAGAUUUUUAGUCAAUUCAAAUUAGAGGUAAUUGCUACUAUGAUCGUGGCCAGACAAGCAAAUUGAGAAUAUAUAUUUAGCACCCUGAUGAUAAUACCAACCAUGGUGGUUGAUUGAUGAUUCAUUUCAUGCGCAGUUUAAAUUGUUGGAAUAAUAAACAUUCGUUGUAUUUGACUUUUA